AUGACUACAAAAACGCAAGCUAACGGGCGGCCAUCUUCGCCCAGAAAAUUCUUCGCGCGUCUCUACGGUCAUCUGGAGUCGAAGGGUGACGUCGAGAGGCCCGUUCGAAGCCCCGACGCGAAUCCCUGCUGUUCCGCUGAGGAACGGGUGUCGGAAGUCGAGCUCGAAAAGUCGCCGAGACGGACGCCGGAAGUGCCGAAUCAUCGAUGGCUACCGGACGCCAGCGACACCCGGAAGACGGAUGACGCGGACGUCGGGGCCGCGGGCGAAAAGGGUCCGCAGGGCCAGGAACGAAGACCCGAAGGGUCCGUGCAGGGCGUGUUGCCGUUCCUCCAGGGGCCGCUGCUCUUUCCGGCGACGGGGCCUCACCUUCAACUUUCACACCUAACCCACCUAUCUUACUUCCCGCACAUCGGAGGCGCCUCGUCACAUCCGCGCGUUACCGUUCCGCCCCUCGCUGAGAGCCACUUCCACGGAUUUUCCGCCUUCCACACAUCACCUUGGGUGUCAUCGACAUUUUAUCAACUUUCAAGGUUUAACGUUUCAGUGGCUCGUCGCCGGCGGAAGGAGGGAAGACCUCGAAGACAGAGGACUACCUUCAGCGGGGAGCAAACCCUGCGGCUAGAGGUAGAAUAUCGGCGAGGUGAAUAUAUCUCGCGAGGUCGACGUUUUGAGCUUGCUGCCUCACUGCAACUUACCGAGACGCAAAUCAAGAUCUGGUUCCAAAAUCGACGUGCCAAAGACAAACGAAUUGAAAAGGCGCAGCUUGAUCAGCAAUAUCGAAAUUUCGCCAUGAGCAGCGGUCUCGUGAACUUUCCUUCCUACGCAGGAGCAACGCUUUGCAGUCUCUGCGUUUACAAGGACGCUGCAGCGGACGGCACUGACAAACAUACUUGCAGCGGCCUAACAGACUCUGCAUUAGUUCAGGGCGGUCAGUUACAGAGACCCAUUAGCAGUGGCAAUAGCACCAGCAGCAAUAGCAGCGAAACUUCGGAAAAUCAACACUUCGCUGUGUCAGCUCUGCAAUAAAUCUACAUGUAGAUACGCGAAACUUA